AUCUUUCCUUAGCCUGCUCUCGAGACCUUUGACCAGCACAGCACCGCUGCAUGUUAGCAGCUAGCUAGCUGACUUAUUUCUGCCUGUUUUCUGUGCUCUCUCGUCUCCUACGUCUUCCUUGUGUGUCCCUUCUUGUGUGGAGAGAUGUGGUUUAUUUAUUUACUAAGCUGGCUGUCGUUGUUGAUCCAGGUGUGCUUCGUCACUCUUGCUAUAGCUGCUGGUCUGUACUACUUGGCAGAACUAAUAGAAGAGUACACUGUGGCCACCAGUCGAAUAAUAAACUACACGAUCCUGUUCUCGACAGGCGUUCUCGCAGGCCUUUACAUUUUUGAAGGCUUCCCAGUGCUGAUGGUUGGAGUGGGACUCUUCACCAACCUGGUGUACUUUGGCCUGCUGCAGACGUUCCCCUACAUCCUACUGAGCUCGCCCAACUUCAUCCUCUCCUGCGUGUUGGUGGUGGUCAACCACUACAUGGCCUUUCAGUACUUUGCACAAGAAUAUUACCCUUUCUCAGAGGUUCUGGCGUAUUUUACAAUUUGCCUCUGGGUGAUUCCAUUUGCCUUCUUUGUGUCGCUUUCGGCAGGUGAAAAUGUUCUUCCAUCCACCGUGCAGCAAGGAGAUGACGUAGUGUCUAAUUACUUCACCAAGGGGAAGCGGGGGAAGCGCUCUGGGAUCCUUCUGGUGUUCUCCUUCCUCAAAGAGGCUGUUCUGCCAAGCAGGCAGAAAAUGUACUGACCAACUGGACUCAGGGGGUUGGAUGGGCAGGACCGUGGAGGUCAUGUCUAUACAUUUGGGAUUCCAUUAAAACUGUGGUCAAAGAGGAUGAGGAGCAAAAGACGAGAGACCAAUGAACAGUGCAGCGCCUCCUGCUGGGCGAUCCAAGGAGCGUUGUGUCCUGACGUCUGCUGCACACAUGCACUUGAUGCUGCAUUGGACUUUUUCCUUUAAAAUUGGAAAACAAAACUUGUUUUUUUACAAGACACGCCAGAAAGCUGGCCACCACAGCCUGGUUGAUCGGUUGGUUGAAAGAUAAAUAUUUACCAGAUAAACCAACAGAACACAGCUCGGCAUAUUUACAAAAAUGUACACAUUUAUUUAAAUGCUAAACGUGGUGACUUCAUCGAAACAGAAGUGACAGGAAAUCAACAAGCACUCGAGAGCGUUUCAUGGGAAUGUUCUGGAAAACUGCCACCUGUUUACCAAUACCCACCUGCAAAGUGACUGUUGUUUUUCAAACACACAUAGAACGUUGAAAAGUCAACUGACUUUAGUACGAAAAGCUGCUGAGUUAUUUGUGGAAAUAGCACAAACGACGCCAUGUUGACUUAACUCAGUGCUUCUCAAAUAUUUUCGUUUGCGCCCCCCAAGGAAGAAAAAAAUAUUUAGCGCCCACUCUCCAAAGUGAAUAUAAAUGUAUAAAUUGUCUAUAAAAUUGUUAAAACUAUAACUUUGCAUUACAUAUUAAGCUUAUUAAAAAUGAAGGAAAAACACACCAGUUUUCCCUCGUCUCCCACCGUGGUUACAUUAAAGCCAAGUGCUACAUACCUUGGUCAUGUUCUGGUAUAAGCAUGAUCGCCGAUGUCACUUGUGCCCGUCCAGGGGGGCCUGCCCCACUAUUUGAGAAGGACUGACUGAACUCUAGGAAUCAAUUUCUUCAGCAAACUACUUCUGUGAAAAGUCUUUUUAUCGUCACAUCUUUCUCGUAUUAAACAUCCAAAAUGA